GCAAGGCGAAGGGCAAUUGAACUGCCGGUAUAACGGAGCGCGACAGAAUAGCUCCAUUCACCACAACACCGUCCUGUGAGCAAACCCGAUUAUUUCUAUCCCUGCUCUAUGGCUUCAUUAGGUGCAGCUGCUGAACCAGAGAGGAAUCUUUUUGGCAAGGACGAAGCUGAGGCCUAUGAGAGUCCUGAGGGGCGGAGAAGUGGACGGAAGAAGCGGACCAAGAUUGUACCAGUAUGGGAGAACAAGCCAUGUGGAUCUUCACGUAGCCUGGUCAGGAGAAUUGGGUCUCAUCUGCCACUGAAGCCAUGCACUCGAGCCUGCUUUGAGGCUCUACCAUCUGCUUCUAACUUGUAUUUUACUGAUACACCAAUGGUCCCAACACUAGCUGACAUUAAGUGGAUUGCUGCAGAUGAUGAUGAGACAUACGCAAGAGUGAGGAGUGACACAAGACCCCUGAAACAUAAAUGGAGGCCAAGCCCACUUUUAGUGAUGCAGAGAAAUUCUUCUGUCCCCAAUCUGAAAAUGAAAGAAGAAAAAAUGUUUUGUUUAAAGAAACCUGGCUUGUCCUUGAACAGGUCUUCAGACAUACAAGAGGAGCUUAGCAUUCUGAGAAGUCAGAUAGCAAGAAUUGUUGCUGGUGAUUCAGUUUCCUCCUGCUUGGGAUCGGAUUCCAUACCUGUAAAUGUGGACCUGGAAGCCUCUCUUCCUGACUAUGGCCCCUCCUAUCAAUCCACCACCUCAUUUGUAAUUAGUGAUAUCACAGAAGAAGAUGAGUUGGAUGUAUCUGAAUACUCUUCUGCUUCACUAGUUGAUUCAACCAUAAGCCUGCAGCGCCAAAUAGAAACCAAUAUGUCGGAUGAUGACGAAGACUCAAUGUGCCUAUCAAAAUCCAAUAGUUUUGCAGACAUGAUGGGAAUUUUGAAGGAUAUCCACAAGAUGAAACUAAAUAGAGAUUGGUCAAACAGAAACCAGUGUUUACACAAAGAGGAAGAUCCAGUGAAUCUUAUAUCAGAAGUUUUAAGGCAAAAAUUUGCACUUUGUGAUCCUGAUAAUGUUAACAAUGAAUGAUUAACCAAGUACUUUAACUUAUUAUGUAGUAAUAACAUGUAAAGUUCAGAUAUUUUGUUAAGAAAAUAGCCAAUGGGCACAAAAACA